UGGAAAGACUUUGUGGAGACGAGUUGUACUGAGAGUUGGCCCGUAAUCACGGAGUACUCGGCGGUAAACGACAGAUGUGUGCACUCGUAUCCGUUCAAAAAGCUGUAUUACUCAAUGGUAACGGUUAUCCUAUUCUUUGUGCCGGUGCUCGUUAUGAUCACCGCAUACUCGCUAAUUGUAUGGCGCCUAUGGGUUCACAAAGCACCCGGAGAGCUCAUCACACAAACCCAGAGGGCCCAGAAUUGUUCCAAGAAAAAGGUCGUUAAAAUGGUUUGUUUAGUGCUGUUGUGUUUCAUCAUAUGUUGGAUGCCAUUGCAGAUCAUAGUAUUGUAUUCACUGUUUGGACACUCGGCCAAUGAUUCCGGUGAAUUGCCCACGUGGUUUCCCACAUUGUCUUAUAUGAGCACAUUUAUAGCGUACACCAAUUCAGCUCUUAAUCCCGUUAUUUACGGAGGUUUUAACAAAACAUUUCGACAGACACUGUAUUCAGUGCUCCGGUUUGAGUGUCAAGUCAUUCACAGAUACCGU